UUCGAUACAUUAAAAUCGGUUUUAAUACCAAACAAUCAACCAAUUGAUUUACAAAACAUUUUAUACGGAUUUAAUUUUUUUAAAAGCAUUUAAUUUUUCGAUGGACACUAUAUAUUGUUGUCAUAACCUAUUUUAAUUUGAUUGUGAUUUUAUCAUUUUAUUAAAGCUUUAGGAUGAGUUUUGGAGCACCUGCUGGUGUGGAAACACUAACAAUUCCACAUAUGCUUGAACUUAUAGGAGUAUCUCAUAGCGGACCAAUUGUGCCCAACAAGACAUCGUUUUGGUCUAAAUUGACCGGAUCUAUAGCAUCGGGACUAAUACUUAAAGAUAUAUCAUGUGAGAUUCCUUCGGGUGAAGUAAUGGCUAUUUUAGGAAGUAAAGGUUCGGGUAAGAAAACAUUGAUUGAUGUGAUGGGUCAUCGAGUAAAUCAAGGUAGCACUAGAGGUCAGAUCCUAUUAAACGACGUUCCUCUUACUCUACGGCUAUUUCAAGAACAGUGCGGUUUUGUAUCGAAACGAACGCAACUCAUUGACGGUUUAAGUGUAAGACAAACACUGACUUAUGCCUCUCAUAUGACUAUUAGAGGUAAAGGUGCUCUGAAACGGGGUCGGGUUAAGCAAGUGUUGGCAGAUCUGGCCCUAACAAGUGUCGCCAAAAGAGAUGUCAUAGAAUUGAAUGUAUCGGAACAAAAACGUCUGGCAAUUGGCUUACAGAUCAUUAGAGAUCCAUUACUUCUGAUUUUAGACGAUCCGACCAAAAAUUUAGAUCCGCUUAACACUUAUUUUGUUGUUUCAAUUUUAUCAAAUCACGCUAAGAAAUACCAGAGAAUAGUUAUCCUAACUAUGGAUAAGCCGCGCUCUGAUAUAUUCCCAUUUCUUGAUCGGGUCACCUAUUUAUGUCUGGGAGAUGUUGUCUAUACUGGAAGUACUAGAAUGAUGAUGGACUACUUCAGAAAUAUCGGCUUUCCCUGUCCAGAAUUGGAGAACCCAUUAAUGUAUUAUUUGUGUUUGUCAACAGUUGACCGCAGAAGUAGAGAUAGAUUUAUUGAGUCUUCAGCCCAGAUCGCGGCACUGGUCGACAAAUUUAAAGUUGAAGGACACGAAUACCGCAAAUAUAUGGCAACUCCUUUGCAAAGUCCAGUAAAUAUUCCUUUGACGGCAUACGGAAAGGCCUCGUCGUGUAAAGUAAUGACAUCAUUAAUCUCUCGACAAUUCACAUCAAUGUUCACUAUGAAGAAGCUAUUCAUCCGUAUAUUAGUGAUACCAAUGUUCUGUGCAUUGCUUUACUGCUUCAUAGCUCCGGUAUUAGACAACACACAGAACUCAUUGCAGUCACGAACUGGUCUUAUAUUGAAUGUGUUGUCUGCCAUCACUUUUAUCGGUCCGGCGAUCACAGCAUACAAUUUUGCUUCACAUCGAAACCGUUUUUAUGAAGAAUCGUCGCGUUUGGCCUUAUAUAGGGGUCCUAUGUUUAUAAUCACACAAAUCAUUUCUAAUUUACCACUAACUCUACUCUCUGUAUGCUUGGCCGCAACCAUUGUCUACCUGUGCACACCGUUACGCUAUGACGACUACUGGAUUGAGAGAUGGAGUAUAUUUUGUGCUAUACUUUGGGCUAUAUAUUCAUUUACAGAACAUCACACCAUUGCUAUCAUGUGUUUUAUCAAAUCACCCUUUAUGUCUACCGUCACCUCUAUAUACUUACUAUGCUUUUAUUUAGUAUUGGGAAGUACUACUUUAAGGUCUAUGUUGGCGGCACCCGAUUGGCUMUAUUAUAUUAACUUUGGUAACAUCUACUACUGGUCCAGUUGGACAUUACAUUUCAAUGAAUUUCAAUACAAUGAAGCACUUGUAAGGACACCAUUCAUAACAGACAACUCAACAAUGGAGUCAUGUUUGGCUAAUAUAAUACCCGGUAAAUGUGUUUUCUUGAGUGGMAAUCACUUUUUGGACCAACGUCUCCGGGAUGUUAAGGAUAUACAGGAGUGGUCUAUAAUUCAUUGGAAAAACUUUGCUUUUAUUUACAUUUUUGUAAUCGCUAUGUAUUUAUUUAAUACUAUCAUAUAUAUAGUCCCACUUCCGGCUUCACUUAAAUCAAAAUUUCGCGAUUAAUUAAUUUAUCAUUUUUUCAUAAAAACACAAUAAU